UUCGCUCCCGCGCGCUGCGCUUUAAUACCUCACUGAUGUCCCGCCACUCACUCCGUCUCUGACAGGCACGAGCGCGUCGGUGUGAACGGACCGCUUUCAUAAGCCCAUUAACGAGCUGUGGUUGUGGUGCUGCUCGGAGAGGACAGGACCCUGCCGUGGACCCCGGGACCCUCCGGACAGUGCGUGUGAGUGCGGUUACCUGAGCCACCCCGGCUGCUGCUGCAGGUCGCUGAGGCACAAGGCCAGAUUGAUUACACAGCCAGCCUGAGGCCAGAACCCAGUGUCCAGAAUGAGAUGCUUGUUUAUGUGUGUCGGUGUGCUGCUGGCUUCAGUGGCCAUCACGGAGGCCAGACCCAAAGCAGCUGGAAAUCAGAAGUGUAAAUCAGGCCCAGUCGACCUCGUCUUCAUCAUUGAUGGCUCACGGAGCGUUCGUCCUCAUGAGUUCGAGACGAUGAGGAAGUUCAUGAUUGACAUCAUCCACGAGCUGGACAUUGGCCGGGACAUCACCCGAGUCGGUGUUGUUCAAUAUUCCAGCCAAGUCCAGAACGUCUUCUCCCUCAAAGACUUCACAACACACCAGCAGAUGGUCAAAGCUAUCAACGAGAUCAUUCCGCUGGCACAGGGCACAAUGACUGGUCUUGCUAUCCGCUACGCCAUGAACGUGGCCUUCUCCACUGCGGAGGGUGCCCGGCCCAACGUCCCUCACGUAGCAGUCAUCGUGACUGACGGACGGCCUCAGGAUCGUGUUGCUGAGGUGGCAGCUGCUGCCAGAGAGUCCGGCAUUGAGAUCUACGCUGUAGGUGUAGCCAGAGCAGACAUGACUUCCCUGAGAGCCAUGGCAUCCCCGCCCUUUGAAGAUCAUGUGUUCUUGGUGGAGAGCUUCGAUCUCAUUCACCAGUUCGGGCUCCAGUUCCAAGACAAGCUUUGCAAGAUUGAUCUUUGUGUUGAGUCUGAUCAUGGCUGUGAUCACAUCUGCGAGAGCUCUCCCGGCUCCUAUCAGUGCCUCUGCCUGCCAGGGUACACUCUCAACGAGGACGGCAAGACCUGCACAGCCAUAGAUUUGUGUGCGGAGGGGAAGCAUGACUGUGAGCAGAUCUGUAUCAGCUCUCCUGGCUCUUUCACCUGCGACUGUAAUACUGGCUACACACUCAAUGAAGACAAGAAGACCUGUACAAUGAUCGACUACUGCUCAUUCGGAAAUGAUAGCUGUGAGCACGAGUGCGUGAGCGUCCUUAACGGCUUUAACUGUCGCUGUAAGGAAGGAUACGCUCUCAAUGACGACAAAAGGACCUGCACAAUGAUUGACUACUGUUCAUUUGGGAAUGAUAGCUGUGAACACGAGUGUGUGAGUGUUCUCCAAAGCUUUUAUUGCCGCUGCAAUGAAGGAUACAACCUCAAUGAGGAUGAGACAACUUGUACAAUGAUUGACUACUGUUCAUUUGGAAAUGACAGCUGUGAGCACGAGUGUGUGAGCAUCCUGAAUGGCUUUAACUGUCGCUGUAAGGAAGGAUACAAGCUCAACGACGACAAAAAGACCUGCACAAUGAUCGACUACUGUUCUUUUGGAAACGAUAGCUGCGAGCACGAGUGUGUGAGCGUCCUCAAUGGCUUUUACUGUCGCUGUAAUGAGGGAUACACUCUCAAUGAAGAUGAAAGGACCUGCACAAUGAUCAACUACUGCUCAUUUGGAAAUGAUAGCUGUGAGCACGAGUGCGUGAGCGUCCUCAAAGGCUUUAACUGCCGCUGUAAUGAGGGAUACACUCUCAAUGAAGACAAGAAGACCUGCACAAUGAUCGACUAUUGUUCAUUCGGAAACGAUAGCUGUGAGCACGAAUGUGUGAGCGUCCUCAAAGGCUUUAACUGCCGCUGUUACGAAGGAUAUACACUCAACGAGGAUAAAAGGACCUGCACAAUGAUCGACUACUGCUCAUUCGGAAAUGAUAGCUGUGAGCACGAGUGCGUGAGCGUCCUCAAAGGCUUUAACUGCCGCUGUAAUGAGGGAUACACUCUCAAUGAAGACAAGAGGACCUGCACAAUGAUCGACUACUGCUCAUUCGGAAAUGAUAGCUGUGAGCACGAGUGCGUGAGCGUCCUCAAAGGCUUUAACUGCCGCUGUAAUGAGGGAUACACUCUCAAUGAAGACAAGAGGACCUGCACAAUGAUCGACUACUGUUCAUUUGGAAACGAUAGCUGCGAACACACAUGCGUGAGUGUCCUCAAUGGCUUUUACUGUCGCUGUAAUGGUGGAUAUACACUCAACGACGACAAGAAGACCUGCACAAUGAUUGACUAUUGCUCAUUUGGGAAUCACAGCUGUGAUCACGAAUGUGUGAGCGUACUCAAUGGAUUUUACUGCCGCUGCAAUAAGGACUACACUCUCCAGGAGGAUGGGAAGACCUGCCAGGCGGACAACCUGUGUAAUGUCGUGGAGCAUGGCUGUGAGCACCAGUGUGUGAGUACUCCAGGAUCGUAUUACUGCAUCUGCCCUGAAGGUCAUCUUCUACAGGACGACGGAAAGAGCUGUGGAAGCUGCAGAUCCGCCAACAUUGACCUGGUCCUCCUUAUUGAUGGCUCUAAGAGCGUUCGGCCCCAGAAUUUUGAGCUCGUUAAGCAAUUCGUCAACCAGGUCGUGGACCAGCUAGAUGUCUCUGGUCAUGGAACACGUGUGGGUCUUGUUCAAUACUCCAGCCGAGUGAGGACUGAGUUCCCACUCAGCAUGUACAAAAGCAAGGAGGAGAUCAAGGCCGCUGUGCUGAAGGUGGAAUAUAUGGAGAAGGGAACCAUGACUGGGCUGGCGCUGAAGCACAUGGUGGAGAACAGUUUCUCUGAGGCUGAAGGUGCUCGCGCUGCCUCAAGGAACAUCCCCCGGAUCGGGCUGGUGUUUACUGACGGUCGUUCUCAAGACGACAUUACAGAGUGGGCCAAGAAAGCCAAGGAUGCAGGCAUCACUAUGUACGCUGUUGGUGUGGGCAAAGCUGUGGAGGAUGAGCUGAGACUGAUUGCCUCUGAACCUGUGGAGAAGCACUUCUUCUACAGUGCUGACUUCAGUGCCAUCAGCCAGAUUGCCGAGAACCUCAAACUCAACAUCUGCGCAGAGGAGAGUCAGGGUGAAAUUGAGGUGAAGGACCCCUGUGCCUGUGACAGCCUUGUGGAGUUCCAGCAGGCUACCAUGACCACUCUCAACCAGCUCAACCAGAAACUGUCAGCAAUGACUGUCCGAUUGGAGAAGCUGGAGACUCAACUGCUCACAAGGAAAUGAGGCUGGAACAUCAUCUGCAAGCCUGUGGGCUUUAGGUGCUGAGCUCCCUUUGAGGGGGGGCACUCAAGUGAUGGCCUAGUCUGGCCCCAGAAAAGGGUUCUACCAAAACCAACGUUCUGUGGGUGCAGAACAAGUAAAUGAACCACACCUAAAUUUGGAAUCACUGUGCAUGACCACACGUGUCGGAGUUCAACAUGAGAAUUCCCAUGUUGGAUACAACUGUCAAUAUACCCUAUUUAUACUUGAUCUGCUUUAAAUGGCUAUGAGAAAUAUUUAUGGCAAAGCUUGUAUCAGCAUUUGGUAGUGAAGUUAUAUAUUGUUACCUCUCCUUAGUGUGCUGUAUGUCCAUUGAACUUGUGUUUUGGCAUUUCAAUUCUACCUAACAUGCACAAAGUGUUUGGACAUAAGAUCAUUAGUUGUAAUCAUCUGUACUGAGACAAGCUGUGAAUGAAAUACCUCUUUAAACCACAGUUCACUUAACAGCAAUUUACAAAGUGGGCAAAUCGGUAAAAAGCGGCCAAAGCAGUUGUCACCAUCCCUUGAGUGCCCUCAUAGCAUUGUUAUGGCUUAUAGUGGACUGCAUAUAGACUGGAGAUUGAACUAUGGAAAGUGACAAAACAAUCAAAACCCACUGCGGUAGUUUUAACAGUUUAGUUCUAGGCUAAAUGGGAUUUUCAGUAGAAGAUCUCCUAUGAAACAUUUCUCAGUUGAGAAUAUCUACCUAAAGUAGCUUUGACCUGUUUUGUUUUCAGUCUUGCGAAAAUGCCAUGUUUUUUAAUACCCUCUGUAUUUUGUCCUUUUGCUUUUAUAUGUUUUCUAAUAAUCAUUUUUUGUAAUGUAAUGAGGAUUCUUUUAUCAUCUUUCUCCAGAUGAAAUAAAGACUUAACUUUU